AUGACCUCCCCCGCUUUCCAGCUCUCUGCCCAGCUCGUCGGCCACGAGUCCGACGUGAGAGCCGUUGCCUUCCCCAACCCAGACGCCGUACUCUCCGCCUCCCGCGACUGCUCCGUCCGCCUGUGGCAGCGCACCUCCGACAGCUCCUCUUCCACGUCCUCUACAUUCGAAGCGCACAUCACGAACCAAGGCUCCGACUACGUAAACUCCAUAACCUACCUCCCCCCCACCCAUGCCUACCCCGAAGGCCUCGUCGUCUCCGGCGGCCGCGACACAAUCAUCGACGUGAGGAAGCCCACCUCCCUACCAGGAGACAAUGCCGAGCGCCUGCUCAUCGGCCACGCCCACAACGUCUGCACCCUUGACGUUUCGCCCAAAGGCAACUAUAUCGUCUCGGGAGGUUGGGAUUCCCAGGCUCGCGUGUGGAGUGUCUCCAAGUGGGAGACCCAGUUCAUGUUGACCGGCCACGAGCUGAGCGUAUGGGCCGUGACCUUCCUCGACGAGAACACCGUCGUGACAGGCUGCGCCGACAAAAACAUCCGCAUCUACGACCUGCGAAAAGCCGUCUCCGGCGAUGUCCAACCCCGCUCAACCAUCUACACCGACGACAUCAUCCGGUCGCUAUGCGCCGCACCCAAGAACCACGUCACCGGCGCCGACAUCGUGAGCGCCAGCAACGAUGGCGUACUGCGCUUCUGGAAGCUCAACGGCCAGAUGGUCGCCGAGUUGCGCGGUCACGAGAGCUUCGUCUACGGCCUCGCAGCGUUGCCCACGGGUGAGAUUGUGAGCUGUGCCGAGGACAGGACCGUGCGCGUGUGGAAGGACCUUGAGUGCGUUCAGACCAUUACACACCCCGCCAUUUCCGUGUGGUGCGUCGCCGCCUGUGCUGAUUCGGGUGAUAUCGUUUCCGGCGCGAGCGAUGGCGUGGCGAGGGUGUUUACGAGGAGUCCCAAGAGGGUCGCGAGCCCCGAUGCCAUUGCCGCGUUCGAGGAGUCUGUCAAGGCUUCGGCCAUUCCGCAGCAGCAGGUCGGCGGUAUCAAUAAAGAGAAGUUGCCUGGGCCGGAAUUUUUGACGACAAAGUCGGGGACGAAGGAGGGUCAGGUGCAGAUGAUCAAGGAGGAUAAUGGUUCUGUGAGCGCGUAUACGUGGUCAACGGCCGCCCGACAAUGGGUCAACGUCGGCACCGUCGUCGACUCCGCCGGAAGCUCUGGUCGCAAGGUCGAGUACCAGGGCAAAGAGUACGACUUCGUUUUCGACGUCGACAUCGAGGACGGCAAGCCUCCCUUGAAGCUGCCCUACAACCUCAACGAGAACCCCUACGAACGCGCGCGCAAGUUCCUCGAGGGCAACGAGCUGCCCCUCUCGUAUCUCGACAACGUCGUGCAGUUCAUCGAGCAGAAUACAAAAGGCGCCACGCUGGGCGAGACGGGCGGCGGGGGUGCGCCGGAUCCGUACGGGUCGGAUGCGAGGUAUAAGCCUGGGGAUGAGGCGAAGCGGGUGCCAAAGGUUUUGCCUCAUGGGGAGUAUCUGAGCAUUUUGGCAGCCAAGCACGAGGCCAUCAUCAACAAGAUUCUCAGCGUCAACGCCACCAUGAUUUCCUCCGGCCGCAAGGACGCGGCGCUGAACCCUAAGGACCAGACGAACCUUAAGGAGCUUCGCUACACCCUUCAGGCGAACAAGCCCGUCGAUGAGACCGGCCUCGAACUCAUCCUACGCAUCGCUACGAAGUGGGCCUACACCGACCGUCUGCCAGGUCUCGAUCUCCUCCGCUGCGUCACGAAUACAACCCUCGCUGCAUCCUUCCGCGACAGCCGAGGACGCUCCAUCCUCCAGCUAGCCAUCGACGCGGCCCUGGGCACCAACACAGAGGCGGAAGGAGAAAGCGAGCCGACGACGCCCAAUGAAAACUGCAUCAUGAUGGCCCUCCGCGCCAUCGUUAACAUCUUCGCGACGCCCAAGGGCAGGGAAGUAGCAGCGUCGGAAACGAACCGCGUCAUCGCGUUGCUCGAGCGCGUCGUAGGUCUCCGAGGCGAAGGCGCAGGGCGGCGCAACAAGAACGUUCUCGUGGCGGCGACCACGGUGGUGGUCAACUACAGCGUACUCGCGCGCAAGACGACGGGCGGGUUCGCGACGGCAGACACCAAGAGGGCUUUCGCGCGCGUGGCGGAGAAGAUCCUGUCGGAGCAGCAGGGAUCGGCGGCGGCGGACGGCGAGGUGGUGUACCGCGGGCUCGUGGGGCUGGGCACGUGGGUGUACGGGAACAGCGCCGUGGCGGAGGGCGUGGAUAGGGGGGUUGUGAGGGGGGUGGUGGAGAAGGUUGGCGAGGACAGGGUGAGGAGCGUGGGGAAGGAGGUGCUCAAUUUGUUAGGUUGA